AUGGCCGAAGUCUCCAACAAGCGCCCGCGGUCGCCCACCGCCGACUUCCCUGCGAUCGCAUCCAAAGUCCAGAAGACCUCCAACCAUCUCCAGAUCAACUACCUCGCGCGCCAAUACGCGGAGAACCUGCCUCUGGUGUCCGCGGACGACACCCUGCCCGCGAUCGUGCGCCUCAUCGGCGAGUACGACGGCGUGCUGCAGCGCCACGAGAGCAUCGCCGGCAACCUCGGCGCCUGUCCGCUGGGCCCCAUUCUGGUCAAGCGCUUCGAGCGCCUCUUCGACAACCCCCCGCGCGUGCUGAAGUCGAAUGGCAAGGAGGGCACCCAAGUGAGCUGGCUGGAUGUCGUCGAGUUUGCUAAAAGCAAGCCUGAGCAGUUCAACCUCGAGAAGACCAGAAAUGGCGUGCGCGUCUGCCAGAUCUACAUCAAGCAGAGUCGUGUCGAGAUCUCCGAGGAGGAUUACGUGCUGAUUGCCUCGGGCAUGCCGCAGAAGAUGAUCCCACCCCAACCUAUCAGUGAGGAUGAGGAGAAAGAGCUCGGUUCUCUCGAGAUACUCGAAAAGAAUCUGUCCCAGAUCAUUCAGUUGGCAGAUCAAGGUGAGCAAAGUACCCCAGCAUCCUUGUACCUCGAAUCCUCUUUAUUAAAACCUGCAUUCUGGUUAGUAUCCGCCCGCGCCAGGCAGCUGAACCAUCGCCUUAAAAAUCGCAGAAACGCGAUCAUCUCACGGCGGGAGAACGAUACAGGCUUGGCCGUGCAGAUCCCUCGACCUACCAGCCCCUGGAAGGAAUCUAAUGGCACCGGAGUAUCUGCCGCCUUUGCGGGCAACGGCCAGUCGCGUUCGCUCUCCCCACCGUCGGGGUUUGUGGCCGUCAACACGCGCUCGGAGCCCCACAAUGACCAUGAACAUGUUGUCUCUGGCGCGCAGUUCGCUUUUUCACAGCCGAACACGGAUAACGUGACUAUUAUCAAUGGUACAUCGAUCAAAGGCGCUUCGCCCAGCACGAGGGCAGAGCUAAUGAAGAAAUUUUUCACUACCUCAGACCGCCGACUUUUCCCCGAUGAAGAAAUCGCUAGCGUAGACGUCAGCCGCCACACUUCCAGGUCAUCUCGCCCCCGCGUGUCUGACCCCGGCGAAUAUAUGGGACCUUAUGCCCCCGUCGCGAUCCCAAGCACUCCCUCCUCCCUCCUCCCGCAGACGAAAUCUGCUAAUCACUACGAACGUGAUGAUGGGGGCCCGUAUAAAAGUGAGAUGGUUAGUAGAAUGGAGACCCUUCAGCGGGGUGAGCGUGUACUGCCGCCCUGUGAUCGCUGCCGCCGGCUGCAUAUGGACUGCCUCAAGAACUUAACUGCGUGCAUGGGUUGCACCAAAAAGCAUGCAAAAUGUUCCUGGAAAGAGGUAAGAUUGGAGGAACUGCGUGACCUCUAUCCGCGGCAAAGCCAGGAAGGCUCCCAGAGCCUCCUUCAAGAAGGCCAUGAAGGUCUGGAGAGGACCGGUUUCAACCCAGUGAACGCUGACACCCCUGCACCCACUGUCCGCCCUGCCUCGGAACCGCAGCUAUCAGCCCGAGCGUCACCUCCCCAACGAUCUCUGAGCGAAAACAUGGUGUCCCCCAUCAGUGAUACCCGACGAAGGGAGCCUCGACAACAUGACCAUAGCCACAUGAAUGGCAAUGGCUAUGGCGCCGACUAUGACCUUGAAGACCCCCCCGACCCGCUGGCGCAAGCCAUCCUGGAUACGAUGAACCAGCACCAUGCUCGCUCAGCCGCCGAGCGUGAGCGAGUCGAGGCGCAGCAAGCUAUGGCAAAGUAG